GUGACGCCGGACAUAAAAUAUUUGACAGCCUUCAAGAAAUCAUCGUAAACACAUCAGGACUUGCAUGCAGAAAGUGUAGCUACUUUUUCAAGACUAAUUAAAGAGCCGGAAUAUCAUAAGAAGUCGGACACAAUGUCGACCAGAGAUGCAGACUUUCCGUUCGGUUUGGACAAAAAGGCAUUGGAGGAGCACCAAAAACAGCGGAGAAGGGCACUUCAAGCCCGCCACAGAGCCACUUUAGCUAGUCUUUUCGACUCGCUAAAAAUGGUGGUUUGUCCCAGCACCAAGAAGAAUCCUGCCAAGUGGAAGAUCCUGGACCACGCCAAGGGCUACCUGAAGGAGAAGGAGAGCUGCCUCAACUACCUACUCUCUCUCAAGCGCUCUUACCUGGAGACGGACGAGGAGCCCAGCACUCUGGAGGAGGUCAGGGAGCAGUUCCGCAGGCUGUGCUCCAAGUGCAUCCUGGAACCCUCCAGCAGGCGUGGCCGGUACCGUACGCCGGUGGUGCGUGACUCGGAGGAGGCGUUGGAGGAGAGUGGCAGUGACAUCUCCCCCGACGAGCCCAUGGACGACACGCCCUACUCCCAGUCCUCCGACCUCUCCGCCUCCAACAUCAAGGAGUUCGAAGGGUACCUGUACUUCUACCGGCAGACGCUGGAGCUGCUGGUGCGCGGCGGCGUCCUGUCCCCAGAGCAGACGGGCCUGGCCGUGGUGUCGGAGGCCAUCUCCGGCCUCUGGACCAACCUGCCCGCCCAGCACCGCGCCACCUUCCAGCAGUGCACCCUGGGAGCCAGCCCCUACUCCUGGAUGGGCUCCUUCGGAGAGGAGGAGGAGGAGGAGGAAGAAGAGGAGGAGGAGGAGGAGGAGGAUGACGAGGAGGGAGGAAGGCAGAUGAUGCCGCAGCCACAGCAGUGUGGAGGAGAAAGAGGAGGAGAGGGAUCACAGGGGUCGUACCCUUUUACUAGCCAGGAGGAUGUGGAAGAGGGGGUGGAGGGAGAUGGGGAGGCGUCGGCUUCCUCCUUGCUGCAAGAGGACCUGCUGCAGGAUGCGUAUGAUGUGGUGAAGAAAGACAUGGACUCCAGCUCCCAGCCCAGCCCAGCGUUGCUGCCGUCAUCAGGUGGGGAGUUUGAGAGGCUCAGGGAGAUCUACAGGGACAUCAUGGGGUUCGUCAACGACCACGUGGCUGAAGACCUGCACAACACUGAGGGGCUAAACAUGUCUGCAGACUACCAAGAGCUUUUCCUCAAGAGCUCUGACAGCUUUGAGGAGCCUCUGGCAUCCCCGUUGAUGUGAGCCUACACGGACACCCAAACCACCUCCAGCACCGCAUGGACCAAAUUCACUGCAGCGGCCAUCUUGACUUGAUGACCCACUCUCGCUCCAUCAGCUGCAGUGCACGUUUGGUUUUUGGGUAACACUUUUCUUGGUAACACUUAACAGUAACGUCCUAUUCACAGCUUCAUAACACUUUAUAAAUAAUGAACCAAUUAUCAACAAAAUGUUUACAAAUGUUAAUAAAUGGGCAAGAAAUACUAUGUUAACACAGCAUACACAGCGCAGUCGCAGUGGUCCUAGAAGGUUGUCCUCCAAAGACCAGAUGGCAUGAAACCACAUAAAACUGACACAGUACAAGUUGAUUCCCACUCCACUGUGCAGUCAUAGUUUGGUUAUUACUCAUUUACAAACAUGUGUAAAUGCUUUGUUAAAUGUUAAUUGUUAUUAAAUGUUAAUAAAGUGUUUAUAAAGCUGUGAAUAGGACGUUAUUGUAAAGUGUUACCCUUUUCUUGAUGCUGGCGUCAUACGCUUGACAUGACACAGUGUCAUAACUUUGUCAAAACAGUGUCACGUCACAGUCAUGGAUGAGUCAUACACAUUAAGUUAUGUCAAUGUCAUAAAUGUUUUAUGGUCAUGAAAAGUUGACAUUGUUUGGGCUGUCUUUACCAUAACCGAAUGUCACUCAAGGACAACAGUCAUAAUGUUUAUGACGUUGACAUAAUGUUUUGAUACGUCCAUGACUGCAUCACAGCACUGUUAUGACAGUGUUAUGUCAUACGAAUGACGCCAGCGUCAAGUUAAGUUUCACCUGUUUUUGUUUUGUUUGUUUUUUUUAAGGCCCUUCUUAAUCAAUGUUGUUUUGUAAUCCGACUAGAUGAUGUAGCAGUCCUGAUUGUUUUAAGAGUUCAUGUUUUUAUACACAGUAUCAUAGCAAUUUUUAUAUUCAGUAUAAUAAAUAUUUGUCAAUGUUUUUUGACUCAACCUCCUAUAAUGACGUUCCCAUAGGUCGAUGUUCCAUUUUUACGAAUGCCAUGUCCAUGGUGUUGUCUUUGGUAAUAAAUGCAUUCAUGUUUAACAA